CAUUUUCAUGUUCAGAAUGUGGGAAAAGUUUUUCUCAGAAAUCAUAUUUUGUCAAACAUCAAAGAAUUCACACAGGGAGAAGCCAUAUGCAUGUUUAGGUUUAAAUUAUUUUUGUUGUGGAUUUUUAAGAAAUUGCAACAUGAAAAUCAGGCCAUUACAAUUUUUCAUAGCCCUACAAGAAGUAACAUAGAACUACAAUAAAAGGGAAGAAAACAUAAUAGUUGUGUACAAAUAUGGAAGUAUCACUCAGUAAAGUUACAAAUUUAGUCAGUGAUUAUAAGUCCCUAUUAAGUGUUGUGUAUUAAUAAUCAUACACAAGCACUAUUAAGCAUAGCAAGGAGUAAUGAUAAAUGGUGGAAGAGGCUUUGCACGUGAGCCCCAGGUAUUAGAAUGUGGGAAAUGUUAUACUCAGAAAUUAGAUCUUAAUUAUCAUCAAAACGCUCACACAGGGGUGAAGCCAUUUUUAUGCCUAGAAUGUGGAAAAUGUUUUAAUAGAAAAUCACUUCUGAUUAUACAUAAGAAAUUUCACGCGGGAGAAAAUCCAUUUUCUUGUGUAGAAUGUGGGAAAAGUUUCAACCAGAAAUCAAAUCUUGUUCCACAUCAAAGAAUUCACACUGGAGAGAAGCCAUUUUCCUGUUCAGGAUGUGGAAAAUGUUUUGCUCAAAAAUCUUGUCUUGUUAAACAUCAAAGAACUCACACAGGAGAGAAAUGUUUUACUGAGAAAUCGGUUCUUAUUAAACAUCAAAAAGUUUGCAUACGAUUUUUGCGUGCACAAAAUGAACAAAGUUAAGUUUUAGAAAGCAGAUCUUAUUAAACAUUAGAAAAAAAACUAACAGGGGCGAGAAGCCAUUUUCAUGUUCAAAAUGUGGAAAUGUUUUACCCCAAAACCAAGUCUUGUUACACAUCAGAGAAUUCACAUGUGGAGAAGCCAUUUUUAUGCCUAGAAUGUGGGAAAUGUUUGAAAUUGGAAGAAAAACUUAUCAAAAAGUUUACACAGGGGAGAAGCCAAUUUAGAGUACGAAAUGAUAUUUAAAAAAUAUCUGACAUUAUCACCAGUUGUCCAGUAUCUAAAAAGCGAAUAAAAUCCAGAUAACACAUCUAUGUAUUAUCCGUGUGUAUAGAAUAGUUGGUGUAUAUAUAAAUAUAUAUACACUCAUUGACAAGCCAUGAGAGGGGACACUUGUGCCCGCAGGAUGUCCUGCACAUAUCACUGAGCUGUUAGUGUCCCUCACUACUAGGGUGUGACCGACUGUCAUAUGUGAUGUCCCCCCCAGAUCAUCACACCAGUAGGGGGCAGUGUGUAACUCCAAAGGCAGGAUUAAAGCACUCACCACAAGGCCUCCAUACUCCAACCCGAUCAUUGUCAGAUCCCAAACAGAUCCUGGAUUCAUCACUAAAGAGAAUAUGGUUCCAGUCUGUAACAGUCCAGGUUUCUGGUUCACAUCAUCACUGCAGAUGAAGGUGACGGGGGCUGCUGUCAAUGGCCAGACACGUAAUGGGCACCGAGACACCACAUUUACUUCUGCUAAGUGCCUGGAAAGG